GCUCUGUACCGCUCCGACUCCGCCCCCGCUGGGUGUUUGUGGUGGGGCUGCGGAGUCGCCGAUCCCGCCGGAAGCACCAGGACAAUGGGGACCAGGGACGACGAGUACGACUACCUAUUCAAAGUGGUGCUCAUCGGGGACUCGGGCGUGGGGAAGAGCAACCUGCUGUCACGCUUCACCCGCAAUGAGUUCAACCUGGAGAGCAAGAGUACCAUCGGCGUGGAGUUCGCGACCCGCAGCAUCCAGGUGGACGGCAAGACAAUCAAGGCACAGAUCUGGGAUACGGCCGGCCAGGAGCGCUACCGCGCCAUCACCUCUGCGUACUACCGUGGUGCGGUGGGCGCCCUGCUGGUGUACGACAUUGCCAAGCACCUGACCUAUGAGAACGUGGAGCGCUGGCUGAAGGAGCUACGGGACCACGCAGACAGCAACAUCGUCAUCAUGCUGGUGGGCAACAAGAGCGACUUGCGUCACCUGCGUGCUGUGCCUACAGACGAGGCCCGCGCCUUUGCAGAAAAGAACAACCUGUCCUUCAUUGAGACCUCAGCCUUGGAUUCCACCAACGUAGAGGAAGCCUUCAAGAACAUCCUCACAGAGAUCUACCGCAUCGUAUCACAGAAGCAGAUAGCUGACCGCGCAGCCCACGACGAGUCCCCCGGCAACAACGUGGUGGACAUCAGCGUGCCGCCGACCACCGACGGACAGAAGCCCAGCAAGCUGCAAUGCUGCCAGAACCUGUGACCCCUACGCCGGUCCCGAGCGUGCGUGCCCAGCCUCGUCCUCCCGGCCCCCCACCGCACUGUUCCCUAUGACUGGCUCGUUCUGCCUGCCCUCCCAGCGAGCUCCCUGCCCAUCCCCGCCUG